AUGCGUCGGCCUUCAUUACUGAGUGCAUCAAGGCUAAGAGCCAAGAUCGAGCCUCAGCUCCACAGGAGAGUACCAUUUGAGCCUGGUAUCUAUGCCAACAGUCCACGAUGGUCCAACAAAGACCUAGAUCCCAUUCCUCCAGAAGGGAGGACUUGGGGUGGGUUGGACUAUUGGGCAUAUUGGACGUCCGAUAUGCUCGCUCCGCCGCUUGCAUCGACAGUGUCCAGUGUCAUGGCAUUAGGAUUCACUGCUCGAGAGACCAUUCCCAUUGUCUUCUUUGGUUUCAUGAUCUGCUCCGGGGUCAUUACCCUGACCGGGAAGAUGGGCGCUACAUAUAGUGUCCCCUUCCCUGUCAUUGUUCGAAGCAUCUUUGGCAUGUACGGGUCUCUGCCGGCGAUCUGCAUUCGAGCAUUUGUGGCUCUCAUGUGGACUGCUAUUUUGACCGUCCAAGCCGGUUCCUUCCUCCAGCGAUGCAUUGAGGCCAUCUGGCCAUCAUUCAUCGUUUUCCCGAACCAUUUACCAGAGAGCGCUGGAAUUACUUCCGCUGGACUUCUCUCAUUUUUCCUGUACUGGUUCAUCCAGACAGGCCUCUCCCUCAUGCCCAUCAGGAAGCUCCGAAUUCUUUUCCUGAUCAAGGGUGUCGUUGUUCCCCCCACAUUCCUUGCCCUCUUCCUCUGGGCUGCAAUCGUGACGAAGGGCGGCGGUCCACUUGUCACCGGUCGCACUGAGCUCACAUCUAGCUACAUGAACACGGCGUACUCCGCGUUGACUGGACUUAAUGCGAUAAUCGGCCUGUUCUCCUCAAUGGCAGUGAACAUGCCUGACUUUGGUCGAUUCUCCAAGAACCGGCUAGCUGGUAUUCACCAGUACUUCGCUCUUCCCAUCAUCGGAACCCUUGGUUCUCUCACACCCAUUUUUGUCACUUCGGCGCACCAGUACAUCUGGGGAGAAUUUGAAUGGUAUAUGCCAGCUGUCAUUGCCAACUUCGAUUCCCGUGCCGCCAAAUUUUUUGUCUCUGCGUCCUUUAUCCUCGCUACCAUCGGCAACCAGGUUGCGGCUGGUACAUACCCCUUCUCCAACGACGUCAGCGGACUCUUCCCUCGUUACAUCAAUAUCUUCCGCGCCACCCUUUUCAUCUGCCUUUUCUGCGUGGUCUCCACGCCAUGGAACAUCAUCAAAAAUGCCGAGGGUCUUCUCGCUUUUUUAUCCGGCUACUCCUGUCUCAUGGGUCCUCUUGCUGGUGUUAUGGUCUGCGACUACUACAUCAUCAAGAAAGGGAAACUUGAUGUCCAUGCUAUGUACCAAGAUAAGAGCAUCUACUGGUACACGGGAGGCUUCAAUUACCGUGCUUACAUUGCAUUCAUCGUCGGCUUCGCGCCACUGAUGCCGGGUUUCGCUAAGAGCAUCGACCAUGAUCUCAAUGUCGGCGGUGGCUGGAGGAUAUACUCCUUCGCAUGGAUCUUUGGGUUCACCUUUUCGUCUUUGGCCUACUAUGUCAUCUGCACGUGGAUCUGGCCCCAGAAAGAGAGCUUGGUUGAAGAGGCAGUGCUUCCGCCGCAAAUCGGAGACGUUACUCCGAGCAUCGAGGGAGAGGCAGUUGAAGAGACUAAGGUCGAGUAUACUGCUACGGAGAAGAAUGUUAGUCCUGUUUAGGUCCAAAGUCGCGAUAUUGUCCAAGAGAGAAGGCACAGAGCUGUAGCUAGACGGUCUUUACUGGAUAUUAUGUCCCCGCGAUUCUGAUUGAGCCUUG